UCCCCAAACUACGCCAUCGGCCUGUGAAAACGGAAAGAAAGAAAGCUGAAGCUCGCUGCGCACUGCUCGGUCGUCGUCCUCAACUCCUCGUCUCGGCUCGGCUUUGGCCCCAACCGCUCCCCGCCGCCGGUUCAGUCCCCUCCGCCGGCGGCGAGAUGUCCUUCUUCUUCCGCGCGGCGUCGCGGCCGCGUUCGUCGCAGCAAGACCUCGUGCGCUCCAUCAAGGACUCCCUCCUCGCGCUCGACACCAAGACCGGCGCCAAGGCCCUUGAAGAUGUUGAGAAAAACAUAUUCACCUUGAGAGAGACACUUUCUGGUGAUGGAGAAGUUGAACCAAACCAGGAUCAUGUGUUACAGAUAGCCCUUGAAAUUUGCAAGGAGGGUGUCCUUUCUCUUUUUGUUCAGAACCUGCCUUCGCUGGGUUGGGAGGGUAGAAAGGAUCUUGCCCACUGCUGGUGCAUUUUGUUGAGGCAGAAGGUUGAUGAAAGUCACUGCUGCGUGCAGUAUAUCGAAAAUCAUGUUGAUCUUCUAGAUUUCCUUGUUGUAUGCUACAAGAACUUGGAAGUCGCAUUGAACUGUGGAAACAUGUUGCGAGAAUGCAUAAAAUAUCCCUCACUUGCAAAAUAUAUAUUGGAGUCAAAUAGCUUCGAGUUGUUUUUCCAGUAUGUUGAAUUGCCAAACUUUGAUAUUGCUUCUGAUGCUCUGAAUACGUUCAAGGAUUUGCUCACUAGACAUGAAGAUGCAGUCUCCGAGUUUCUCAUUUCCCAUUAUGAACAGUUCUUUGAACUCUACAAAAGGCUUUUAACUUCAGAUAAUUAUGUGACAAGAAGACAAUCAGUGAAGUUUCUUUCAGAGUUUCUGUUGGAGGCCCCAAAUGCUCAGAUAAUGAAGCGGUACAUUUUGGAAGUUCGUUACUUGAACAUUAUGAUGGGUCUACUAAAGGAUUCAAGCAAAAAUAUCAGGAUAUGUUCCUUUCACAUUUUUAAGGUAUUUGUUGCCAAUCCAAACAAGCCUCGUGAUAUCAUUCAAGUUUUGGUAGACAACCACAAAGAAUUAUUGAAGUUACUCCAUGCUCUUCCUGCAAGCAAGGGUGAAGAUGAACAACUUGACGAGGAGCGAGACUUAAUUAUCAAGGAAAUCGAGAAGCUCGUGCGCUUGUCAGUAUAGACCCUCAAGAAAUUCAAAAUUACCCUUUGAAAAAAAAAACAGUGGUCGAGAAAGGCAAUCCAUUUCUUCCUGUGUAAUGUGAUACCCUGUAUAGAAUUGUCUAGUGUUGUUAUCAUAUUUACAGAAACAGCUCGUCAUUCCACAAGAGCAUGAAGCAUUGCUGCAUGCAUAUAUGGUUCAAACAAAUCUGCCGCACCAGAUUCGAUAUAUAUACCGUAAUUUGUUGUCA